AUGGAGUCUGGGUCAAGCUCCUUUCGAGUGGAAUUUCCAGACUUUUCUAGCACCAUUUUGCAGAAGUUAAACCAACAGCGCCAGCAAGGACAGUUAUGUGAUGUGUCCAUCGUGGUUCAGGGCCAUCUCUUCAGAGCCCAUAAAGCUGUGCUUGCAGCCAGUUCUCCUUACUUCUGUGAUCAGGUUCUGCUAAAAAACAGCAGGCGAAUAGUCCUCCCUGAUGUGAUGAAUCCCAGAGUGUUUGAAAACAUUCUUCUGUCUACCUAUACAGGCCGGCUGGUAAUGCCAGCACCAGAAAUUGUUAGUUACCUGACAGCAGCAAGCUUCCUUCAAAUGUGGCAUGUCGUGGAUAAGUGCACCGAAGUGCUCGAGGGGAACCCAACAGUUCUGUGUCAGAAGAUGAAUCAUGGCAGUGACCAUCAGUCCCCAAGCAGUAGUAGUUACAAUGGCCUUGUUGAAACUUUUGAGCUUGGCUCUGGGGGACAGACAGAAUUCCACAAAGUGCAGGAGUUAAGGGAUGGCGAAAAUGAAGAAGAGAGCUCUAAAGAUGAACUCUCGUGUCAGCUGACAGAACACGAGUACCUUCCCAGUAACUCUUCCACGGAACACGAUAGACUUAGUACUGGAAUGACCAGUCAGGAUGGGGAAGAAGGAACUAGUGAUAGUGCGGAGUACCAGUAUACCAGACCAAUAUACAGCAAACCCAGCAUCAUGUCUCACAAGCGGUGGAUCCACGUGAAACCAGAAAGGUUUGAACAAGACUGUGAAGGUGUUGAUAAUCCUUAUGAUGAGCACCAAGUUUCUGAAUCCAUGAAUACCAUCCAGGCAGAUCAUUCAAUCCAGUCUUCAGGUGUUGAAGACUUCCAUAUAGGUGACAAAAAGAUGGAAGCAGAAUUUGAUGAACAGGCAGAUGAAAGUAAUUAUGAUGAACAAGUUGACUUCUAUGGCUCGUCAAUGGAAGAAUUUUCUGGCGAAAGGGCAGAUGGAAAUUUAAGCGCUCACAGACAGGAUCUGAUGAUAGCAGCAGGCUAUGGUGAAGGCAUUGAAAUCGCUGCUGGGAUUAAGGAAGAAACAUCUCUCACCGGAUUCUCCCAUGCUGACAAGCUCUAUCCUUGUCAGUGUGGAAAAAGCUUUACCCACAAAAGUCAAAGAGAUCGGCAUAUGAGUAUGCACCUUGGUCUUCGACCUUACGGCUGUGGUGUGUGUGGUAAGAAAUUCAAAAUGAAACACCAUCUUGUGGGCCAUAUGAAAAUUCACACAGGUAUAAAACCAUACGAGUGUAACAUCUGUGGGAAAAGAUUUAUGUGGCGGGACAGUUUUCAUCGGCAUGUGACCUCUUGUACCAAGUCCUAUCAAGCUUCUAAAGCUGAGCAGAGUACUACUGAGAUGAACUAAGACAUUAGUGCUUACAUUUGUUUAGUAGAGUAAGAAAAAUAAACUAA